AUGGCUACUAUGCAAGCAAUUGAAAAUAGACGACACUACGUGUUUACUCGCGUCAAGGAUCUACUCAAGUUAGGUCAGACGGCUUGUGUUGAUUCAGAAAAAGUUACUGACUUCAAAUUUAGAUAUCAAGGUAUGCGUGAACUCGUGACAAAAUUUGAAGCUUUGCAGAUGGACAUGGUGUCGAUGGUGGACCCUGAAAACUUGAAAAUUCAGGAUGAAAUUCAACGGGAAUUUGACGACGUGCAUUACUCAAUAGAGGUGUCCCAUUCGAUUUCAAAUUGUUCUUCUAGGUUUAAUUGCAGGCAGUGUAACAAGCGACAUCACACAACUUUACAUUUUUUCGAUUCUGGAACUUCUGCUGUGGCUUCGGAAACCCCACCUACCACUAGCAACGAUCAGCCUAGCUCUAGUUCGGUGAAUGUUAUGACUAGUCUUUUUUCAUUCAAACAAUCUGUGUUACUUGCCACAGCAAUCAUACAUGUGCAAGGUGCUGAUGGGCAAUACAAAAAAUGUCGUGCUCUUCUCGAUUCAGGUAGUCAGGCAAGUUUUAUUACUUCCGAUUGUGCUAAUCGUCUGGACCUUCCAAAAUCCUUGACAUCCUUAUCCGUUCAAGGUGUCAAUCAAAUGACGUCAUCCACAUUGGGAACGUUAAAGUGCUUGGUGAAACCGCCUAACGCAUCGGCCUUCGAAAUCGAAAUGAUUGUAAUACCAAAUAUUUGCAACACGGUGCCAUCUUCUAAGAAAUAUUUUCAAAGUAUAAAAUCCAUUAGCCAUCUUUCUCUUGCCGAUCCUGACUGUGGAGGUUCGGGUGUUGUAGAUAUCCUGUUAGGUGCCGAUGUAUAUGCUCGCGUGUUGAAACCCGGUCUCAUUAAAGGGAAACAAGGAGAACCAAGUGCCAUUAAUACAAUAUUUGGUUGGGUGCUGAUCGGUCCAACAUCAACCCACUCUGAAUCUCUCGUACAUUCAUUUCAUACUUCUGUGAACGAUUCUUUAGACGUGACAUUGAGAAAAUUCUGGGAAUUGGAACAAAUCCCAGAAAAAACCAUAAAUUCUCCCUCAGAUGAGUUGUGCGAACAAAUCUUUGUGGAAACGCAUCGUCGUGAUACGACAGGUCGAUAUAUUGUUCAUUUACCUUUCCAAGAUAAUUGUCAUUCUCUGGGUGAUUCUUACAAUAUGGCAUUGCGUAGAUUUUUGGCUUUGGAAAAUAGGUUGGAAAAGGAUUCGUCAUUGUAUAGGUCCUAUUCAGAUUUUAUGAAGGACUAUCUGGAACAGGGUCAUAUGGUAAAAGACACCGUUGACAAUAAUCAAAGUCCAAACUAUUUUAUACCACAUCAUAGUGUUAUCAAAGAUGAGGGUCAUUCUCAGAAGCUACGUGUUGUCUUUGAUGCUUCCGCUAAGUCGUCCAAUGGUGUAUCUUUGAAUGACACUCAACUAACAGGUCCCAAACUACAAAGGGACAUCGUUUCUUUACUCCUAUCAUUUCGAGUCCAUGAAUUUGUUUUUGUCGCCGAUAUUCGGCAAAUGUACCGCCAAAUUAGGGUGGUAGAUUCUCACCAGAGUUAUCAGAAAAUUUUGUGGAGAUUUUCCAAAUCCGAUCCCAUAGAAGAAUAUCGUCUUCAAACUGUGACGUACGGGGUAUCCUCCAGUCCUUAUUUAGCAAUCCGUUGCCUACUGCAAUUGGCCCAUGACGAAAAGGACAAAUAUUCUUUAGCAGCGCAAGCUUUAGAAUCUAACAUUUAUGUGGAUGAUGUAUUGGAUGGUGCCAAUACAGUCGAGGAGGUGUGUGAGCUACAACAGCAACUAAUUUCAUUAUUAAGCAGUGCUAAAUUUGAAUUACACAAAUGGGCAAGCAAUUGUUCUGCUUUAUUGUCGUCUGUCCCACUUGCAAAUCAGCAACCUCAUUCUUUAGACAAGGAAACCUCAUUAAAAAUUCUAGGGUUACAGUGGUGUCCUGUCACAGAUUCUUUUUCUUAUCGUGUUGAACCUACUGAUCGUUCGUGUACAAAGCGGCAUAUACUGUCUGAAGUGGCCCGCAUUUAUGAUCCGUUGGGUUUUCUUUCCCCAUUGACUCUUUUUGCAAAACAUUUAAUACAAUGUCUCUGGAGUCAAGGAAUAGGAUGGGAUGAUCCUCCCCCUGCAGAGUUUCUUCAUAGUUGGUCCACUUACAAAUCUGAACUACCGUGUUUAUCUACUCUUACUAUACCUCGUCGUGUGGUUGUGAAUAAUGUGACACAAACUGAAUUGCAUGGGUUUUGUGAUGCCUCUAACAUUGCCUUUUCCGCUGUGGUAUAUUUACGCCAGAUAACAUCUAAGAGCAAACCUCCUAUCGUCACUUUUGUGUGUGCCAAGUCAAAGGUAGCUCCGCUAAAGAGGGUGUCUAUCCCACGCUUGGAGUUGUGUGCAGCCGUCCUAGUUUCCGAUUUAUUAGAUUUUGUGUUACAGUCAUAUUCGAAACACCUUUCUAUAGAUAAGAUAUAUGCUUGGUCAGAUUCCACUGUGGUCUUGUCGUGGAUACGUUCGUCUCCCCAUCGAUGGAAGACAUUUGUGGCCAACCGUGUCAGUCACAUCCAAGACAAGGUUGCGCCCAAUGUGUGGCACCACAUAAAUAGUACAGACAAUCCCGCGGAUUGUGCGUCUCGUGGAUUAUUACCAAGGGCUCUCGUCUCACAUCCGUUAUGGUGGGCGGGUCCACCAUGGUUAUUAACACAUACCUUUCCUGAGGAUUUCAUUUUAUCUGUUACCGACCCCACUGAUGAAAUUGUUCGUGAAGAACGUCAAAUAAACCUCUUGACCUCAGUUGAGCCCUUUGUUUGGAUUAACUUACUUUUAGAGAAAUUUUCUUCAUUGUCUAAAAUUCAACGGAUCGUGGCAUAUUGCCAAAGAUUUAUUGAUCGUCUCAUCAAGAAAAAAUCAGGUGAAAAUGGUGCCUUCAUCGACGUGGAAUUGUAUCACGCGUUAGUGACUAUUGUUCGAUGUGUUCAAAGGCAAACCUUUGACAAGGAAUAUGUUGCCCUCCAAGAUGGUAAACAGGUCUCAAAACCUUUGCGAAAACUAGCUCCAUUCAUAGAUCCGGAAGGUGUGAUCCGAGUUGGUGGACGUCUACGUCAUUCCUCAAUUUCUUUCAAUGCUAAACAUCCCAUGUUAUUGCCUCGCUCCCACCGACUCACUGAUUUGAUAAUAAUUCAUUUCCAUCAAGGUAAUCUACAUCCAGGUCCUCGCACUCUUCAAAAUUUAAUUUGUCAGCAAUUCUGGAUCUUAUCGCCUAGACGGGCUAUACAUCACAUUCUAUCCAAAUGCAAUAGAUGUUUCCGGGUCAAACCUUGUGUAACUACCCCUCUUAUGGGCGAUUUGCCUCCAUGUAGAGUGUCCCAAGUCAAACCUUUCUCCCAUUGUGGUGUUGACUUUGCUGGUCCCUUGUUUAUCACCUUGGGUAAAACUCGUGGUGCUAAAAGGAUGAAAGCCUACAUCUGCGUGUUUGUGUGUUUUGCCAUCAAAGCCCUUCAUCUCGAACUCGUAUCUGAUCUUUCUGCUGAGGCAUUCUUGGCCGCACUCCGGCGAUUUAUUGCCCGACGAGGUCGAUGUGGAGAUCUUUAUAGUGAUUGUGGAACAAAUUUCGUCGGUGCCAAUAAAUUACUUCUUUCUUGUAUGCAACAAGCCUCUGAAACGCUCGGUAUUAAAUGGCAUUUCAAUCCGCCUUCAGCUCCCCAUUUCGGUGGCCUCUGGGAGGCCGGCGUUAAGUCUGUGAAAACUCAUCUUCGUCGAGUGGUAGGUGAUCAAAUACUAACCUUCGAAGAGCUCUCAACCGUACUUACUCAAAUUGAGGCCGUGUUGAACUCUAGGCCAUUAUGUAGUUUAAGUACUGACCCCAAUGAUUUGUCGGCUCUUACACCAGGCCAUUUCCUUACAUUAGAACCAUUAUGUGCACCUCCCGAAAGAGACUUCACUUUG